AUGGACACACCCCAGGAAUCUCAAAUCGACUUUUGCACCCUCGGAAUWCUGAUCAAGACUCCAGAUGACAUUCAUCUCUCAGAAACACCUCAGCUCAACAUCAUCGGCGGCGCUGGAACUUAUUCGGCCCUCGGAGCUCGCCUUUUCUCUCCACCUCCAAAAUCUACUUCAGUUGGCUGGAUUAUCGACGCUGGCACAGACUUCCCUCCCUCAGCAACAUCCACAAUUUCUUCAUGGAACACAUCGGCUGUAGUCCGUGCCCGUCCAGCACUCACAACUCGCGGCUGGAAUGGCUAUUCGGGCAACGAGCAUCGGUCCUUCCGCUACUUGACUGAGAAGAAACGGAUCACGGCCGAGGACCUCACCCCGGAGCUACUAGGCGCGAAAAGCUUUCACCUAAUCUGCAGCGCAGAAAGAUGUAUCGAACAAGUCACCAGUAUCCUAAGACUGCGGCAUAAGCAAUUCGGCGCGGCAGUGAAACUGCCCGUAUUCAUCUGGGAGCCAGUUCCAGAUCUCUGCACACCAGAGGAACUAGAACACACCUACRCAGCUUUGAAAUACGUAGACGUGGUAAGUCCAAACCACGAUGAGCUCGCCGCCAUGAUUGGCUUUCAGCAUGGCGAGCAAGUGGACCAGAAAGCUGUGGAAGAGCACGCAGAACAAUUCCUCAAUCGGAGAAUUGGAAACGAGGGGAAAGGGGCCGUUGUCGUUCGUUGUGGGGCUGUGGGUUGUUUUUCACUUUCCCGCGCGACCCGCAGAUGGCUGCCUGCGUGCCACACUGAUCCCAGCAAAGUUGUUGAUCCAACAGGAGGAGGCAAUGCUUUCCUGGGAGGCCUAGCAGUCGGUCUAGUUCGGACAGAUUUCGAUGUAGUAGAGUCUGCUCGCUGGGGAAAUAUAUCGGCGAGCUUCGCAAUAGAGCAGACAGGUACGCCGCGACUUGAGGAUUCAGAGCCGGAACAAUGGAAUGGAGUAAAUGUGCUUUCGAGGCUAGCCGAGUACCAAGAACGCACAAAAUGA